GCGCGGGAAAUUAACUUGUUUACGGUUUUCUAUGUGUAUUGUGUUUUUUUCUAUUUUUUCCGGCAAUUAAAUUUCAAGCCUUUUUUAUCAAUUUUCGAAUUAAAUUAUAAGUCAAUAUGGGUAUUUUACAUUUAACAAAACUUUUGGCCGAUGUUGCUCCUCAAUGUAUCAAAGAAACAGAACUAAAGACCUAUUUUGGUCGAAAAAUCGCUAUCGACGCUUCCAUGUCCCUCUACCAAUUCUUAAUAGCAGUGCGUUCAGAGGGGGCCCAACUUACCAAUGCGGAUGGUGAAACUACCUCUCACCUAGUAGGCACGUUUUACCGCACUAUCAGACUCUUGGAAAAUGGCAUCAAGCCUGUAUACGUUUUCGAUGGUAAACCUCCAGAAAUGAAAGGAGGCGAAUUGAAUAAACGUAUGGAAAAGCGUGCAGAAGCUCAGAAAGCGUUAGACAAGGCCAUGGAAGCUGGAGACCAGGCUGAAGUAGAUAAAUUCAAUAAGCGUUUGGUGAAAGUUACUAGGGAACAUGCGAAUGAGUGCAAGGAAUUAUUGAAACUUAUGGGAGUGCCUUAUAUUGAAGCUCCAUGUGAAGCUGAAGCUCAAUGCGCAGCUAUGGUCAAGGCAGGCAAGAUAUUUGCUACAGCCACUGAGGAUAUGGACGCCUUAACAUUUGGAUCUAAUGUGCUUCUAAGGCAUCUGACUUUUAGUGAAGCAAGGAAAAUGCCUAUACAGGAAAUACACCUUGAUGUCGUUUUACGAGAAAUGCAGCUGAGUCAAAAGGAAUUUAUAGAUCUAUGUAUUUUGAUGGGAUGUGAUUAUACCGACUCAAUUAAAGGAAUAGGCCCUAAAAAGUCCAUAGAUCUUAUAAGGCAACAUAAAUGUAUUGAGGAUAUUUUAAAGAGUAUAGAUAAAAACAAAUAUCCUCCUCCAGAGAACUGGAAUUACGAGGGAGCAAGGGAUUUAUUCGAAAAUCCUGAUGUAACUGACCCAGAAACAAUUGAACUUAAAUGGUCUGAACCAGACGAAGAAGGGAUGGUAAAAUUCCUCUGCGGCCACAGGCAAUUCAGCGAGGACAGAGUACGCAAUGGUAUUAAAAAACUGCAAAAAGCUCGAGGUACCAGCACACAGGCGAGGCUGGACGGGUUUUUUACGGUUUUAGGUACCACGCCGGCCAAGAGGAAGGUGGAGGAUAAGAAAAAGAAUACGCCCAGUAAAAGAGGAAAAACGGGCGGAAGUGGUAAAGGAAGAGGACGGCCAAAAUAAGGAAUUUGAUACUCAAAAUUUGUUUUUGUCUUUUGUAUAAAUUGAAUUAAGAAUCUUGAGAAUUCGAUUUAACUUUUUUUUAUUAUUAUUAAGUACCUAUUUCCUGUUUUAUUUUUUGAAUAUAAAUACAUAAUAUGUAAGAUCAU